GUUCCGACGCCACAGGGUUUACAACUUCCUUCACAUUCAUCGUUGCCACUUGCCACUGAAACUCAUUCGAUCUCUAAACUUUUUCAAUAAAGAACCCACCAGCUAGUCGUCAUAGCCCCUCUCAAUCUCUCGAUUCAUCGCUAUGCUUAUUUAGUCUCUAUAAUCUCCAACAAAGUCCUUAGCAUGAGGUACUUGCGUUUCAUCUCUCAUUCUCUCUCACGCCAUUGCGCACCCAUUGUCCAAAAAUCUAAUCACUUCCAUUAUCUACAGUUCAUAAAAUCAAAUACUUCAUCUCAGUCAAACCCUUCAACCCGAAUCUUUAAUUCAUACAGAUUUACAACUGGGUCAUUAAAUAGUUCAAAUUUUGCUCGGAAAUUCACUGCCACUGCCCAAGAAUCAAAACAUGUUCCGUCGGAGAGAGUAUCAGCAAUUGUGGACGAAAUAUCGGGUCUGACAUUGCUAGAAGUUUCGGACUUGACGGAGGUCCUGAGGAAGAAACUGGGGAUCGAAGAAAUGCCGGUAAUGGCGAUGAUGAUGCCAGGUAUGGGAUUUGGAAUGAAGGGCGGAGGAGUGGCGGCGAAGGGGGAGGAGAAGAAGGCAGAGAAGACGGCGUUUGAUUUGAAACUUGAGGGAGGGUUUGAUGCGGGAUCGAAGAUUAAGAUUAUUAAGGAAGUGAGGACAUUUACGGCGUUGGGAUUGAAGGAGGCCAAGGAUUUGGUGGAGCAGGCGCCCACAUUGUUGAAGAAGGGGAUCACGAAGGAGGAGGCAGAGAAGAUUAUCGAGAAGAUGAAGGAGGUUGGGGCUAAAGUGACAAUGGAGUGAGAAUCGGUCAAAUGGAAGGACAACAAAGAACAAGAAGUGCGAAGCUUAAGGAUGUGAUUUGUUAAACAGGAGCAUCAGUGGAUAAUGUUCACACUAAAUUGUUUAGGCUGAGCAGAUGAGGUUCACGUUGCGGGCUUUUUUUUUCUAUCAUGCAGAGAAUUUCUGUUCGAGACUUCUUUUUUUAUUUUUUUAAUAACUUAGAAUCAGCACCUUCAAGCUCAAGUAAUGCUCUGUAACACCUCUACGGUAGAACUGAUUUUUAAAAAAUGAAUGAUAUCUGGAAGGAUUUGGCAAAUCGAUCAUAUACCUUUU